AUGCCAACAACCACCAGCGCAAACCCGUAUGGCCAGACGAUCCCCGCACCAUCCACGGCCCUGGCGCGCCGCCAAACGAACAGCCGAGCCCUGGUUCCCUCUGGCUCCAGAAGCUUCAACGGUUCCGACAGCUGGAAUGACUACAACGAGCCUCCCCCGGGCGGCUACCUCCAGGCGGCAAACGCGCCGAUUGAUGACAAUGACAACAUCGAGCGACUCGAAGAGCUGGCGGCACGAGCCAAGAGGGAAGCACAAGCCAAGAGAAAACAGAUCCCGCCGUUUGUCCAGAAGCUCAGCAGUUUUUUGGAUGAGUCGAGGAACACGGACUUGAUUCGCUGGUCUGAAAAGGGCGAUUCUUUCAUUGUUCUAGAUGAGGAUGAGUUUGCCAGAACCCUGAUCCCCGAGCUCUUCAAGCACAACAACUACGCAUCAUUUGUCCGUCAGCUCAACAUGUACGGCUUCCACAAGCGUGUUGGCCUGUCGGACAAUUCGAUGAAAGCGAGCGAACGGAAGAACAAGAGCCCGAGCGAAUACUAUAAUCCCUACUUCCGCCGCGGCCACCCAAACCUCCUCUGGCUUAUCAACAAGCCUAAGAGCGGCAGUAGCAAAAAGAAGGGCAAGAAGGAUGAAAACGAAAAUGAGAGCGAAGAAGACGGUGGUGCUGAUGACGGCUACAACGGACAGAAUUCUCUUGGUCGCGGGGUUUCGAAUGAGCUUGCUCCCCUCCAGAAGAAGGAGCUCCUUCAGGUCAAGGCCCAGAUUGAGCGAAUUCAACAACAGCAAGUCGCCAUUUCCAACAUGCUGAACAAGCUCCGGGAAAACCAGAACCAACUUUAUCAACAGGCCGUCCUCUUCCAGACGAUGCACGAACGUCAUGAAAACUCGAUCAAUGCCAUUCUCAACUUCUUGGCCAACGUUUUCAGAAAGUCUCUGGAGGAGCAGGGUGGCGCCCAGAGCGUUCAGGAGCUCUUGGCUAGUAUCAUUCCCAACGCCCAGGGCCAUGGCCAGUCUCAGAUGGGUUCGAGUGCCAAUGUUGUUGACUUAGGUGGUUUCGUCAACCAGCGUGGCCAGGGCGUUGGUACUCCCAAGCGCCAGCAGCGUCUUUUGCCUCCUGCGCCGCAUCACACUGUUAGCAAGGCGUCCAGUUUAUCGACAGUUGCAACAGCGCCGACUCCAGGGCAUCAGCGUCAACCUACCAUGGGCACUGUCACCGAGCUUUUCGACACAUCUCCUGCAGAUACUACAUCGACGGGUUUCAUUGAGAACGAGUUGAGGACUAACCCUCAAGAAGGCAUGAUGAAGCUCAUCCAGGACACCAAUGCAGUGAAUAACUCAGGAAUUGACCUUCCUGAUGUGGCUUCCAAGACCUCAGCCACCAUGAGCGAUGCUCAACGUACCAAGAUGCUCAAUAUCAUGGCUGGUAACAAUUCGACUACCACCACGGCUGUGACCAAUGGUCUCUCCCCGUUGGGUGCUGCCCCAAGCACCACUUCUUUGUCCUCUGUUACCUCCCCUACAGCUUCGGCUUCAACAACGGGCUCGACUCCUCCUGCUCUCUCAUCCACAACGCGGCCCAACGCCCUCAGCCUCCCUCUCUCUACUAGCCUUUCAACCACGCCAUUUCUUCAAGAUAUCCAGGCUACACAGGCUGAGAUCGAGGAGCUUCAACGACUACAGAGUGAGCAGGCCGCCCAGAUUGACGAGCUUACGAGCCUACUUGGUCCUCUUAGCCCCUCUGGUCGCAUCCCAGGCUUGGAUGAACAUGGCAAUCCGAUUGGCACCAACUACUUUGACAACGUGGAUUAUGAUCAGUUUAUCAACUCCAAUGCCUUUGCUGAUGGAAAUGUCGAUCAAAUCUCUACCGCCACAACUGGGACCACGAAUGCCUUUGGCGUUAAUGGCACCAGUACCAAUGGAACCGCAAGCAACCAAAACGGCGUCGUCACUGCAGGAGAUACUGAUUUCGACUUCAGCCUAGAUGGCACAGCGGACGGAACCGAUUUCGUCACCAGCACGGCAGCCCCCACGCCGAAUGAUGCUGCCACCACUGCUCUUGAAAGCAGCAACGGGGUCGCUGCAUCUGCCGGCAAUGGCUUCGAAACAGGCAAAGUCUUCGAGACGACAAGCUCGACGUCAGCGACAAAUAGCCCUAGUCCGACGACCGUAUCUGAUCGCGCUGCUAGUGUCGGCGCGACCGAGCUGUUCGAGGAGAGCCCGGAGCGUGGCACGAAGCGCAGGCGGAAGAGUUAG